CGAGGACAGUCUACAGGAAAAGAUUGUCUGUAAAAAUUAUUGAAUUCUUGUUAAAAUUUAAUUAAAACUAGAUUAUUUAUGCUCCCGUUAAGAUUUUCUUCCUAGUUCACUUUAAAUUGCAUCCUUUACCCAUUGCGAAAAAUAUCCACUGAGGAUGUCUAAACGCGCGGCGGAAGAUCCCGCCGGAGGAGGUUCCGCUCCCGGUACCGGCGGUGGAGCGCCUCCUCCCAUCAAGAAGGUUCACUUCGAGCCGCACCUUAUUGGGCCGAUUUCAACGCUGGAGGAAAUGGACAUCAAGGUGCUGCAGUUUCAGAAUAAGAAGCUGGCCCAACGCAUCGAACAGCGGGUCCGCUGCGAAGCGGAACUCCGCCAGCGAAUCGAGCAACUGGAGAAACGUCAAACGCAGGACGAUGCCGUACUGAAUGUGGUUAAUCGCUACUGGAACCAGCUGAACGAGGACAUCCGCGUGCUGCUGCAGCGGUUCGACGCGGAGACGGCCGAUGAAUCGGAGAAUAAGAACGAAAAUGAGGUAACGACAUCCUUUUUGAUGCAACUAUCCACCUGGGACAAGGAGGAACUGGAUGACAAGUUGGCCAAUCGAGUCCAGGUGUCCAAGCGGGCGGUGGCAAAGAUAGUUCAGGUAUUUGAUCGGCUCAUGCAGCGAAACGAGAAGAUAACGCUCGCCAUGAAGGGUGAAUCCGAUGAUUCCGACGCUAAUGUGCCGGACAUCGACGAAACGUUGCGGCAGAGCUACACCGAAGUGAUGGCCGAGAACCGAAAUCUACAGACUCAGAACACUUUGCUGCAUGAGAAAUUCCAUACAAUUUCGCUAAAAAUGAGUGAAAUCCAAGAUGUGCUGAAUGGAAAGGAGACCGAAUCAGCGGAGCUGAAAAACCAGAUCGAUGAUUUGCAGUAUGAGCUGGAGAAGGUUCGCUGCAGGAAUGAUAAGUUGGAGAACCAUCUAGCGGAAGCGAUUGAGAAAUUGAAAGCGUAUCAUCAACUGCAUGGGGAUAUUUCCAGCUCGGAUAAGGACAAACACUCUUCGUCGUCUUCUAGCAGCGCUAAAGGUGGUUCAAUGACGAGUGUUGCCGCACAGCAUUUGGAGGAUCUGCAGAAAGAACUCGAAGAGUACAAAGAACUAGCCAACAACCGUCUGCAGGAGUUAGAUAAAAUCCAUCUACAGCACCGAGAGGCAUUGAAAGAAGUGGAGAAAUUAAAGAUGGACAUUCGUCAGCUACCGGAGUCCGUAAUAGUGGAAACGACCGAGUAUAAAUGCCUCCAGUCGCAGUUCUCUGUGCUGUACAAUGAAUCGAUGCAGAUUAAAACUUUACUGGACGAAAGUCGUAAUCAAUUACAGACGAGCAAGAACCAGCACUUGCGACAGAUCGAAAUGAUGGAGAGUGAAGAGUUGAUCGCGCAGAAGCGCGUCCGCAGCGACAUGAUUCAGAUGGAGGAUGUGCUUUCGCAAAUUCGUAAAGAAUACGAGAUGUUGCGGAUCGAAUUCGAACAGAAUAUGGCAGCAAACGAGCAAACUGCACCGAUUAAUCGCGAAAUGCGUCAUUUAAUAACUUCUUUGCAGAAUCAUAACGGUCAGCUGAAGGGAGAAGUGCAGCGGUAUAAGAAGAAAUACAAGGAAGUAUCGGCUGAUAACGUUAAACUAAGGAAAGAGCUGGAGGAUGUGACACUGAAAUUAACCACGCUGCAAGAGCAACAGCAAGCGGACAUCAAAAAGGAAAACGAGCAAGCUGCUGCUGCAGCGGGUGUUAAGGAAGAACCGGGGUCCUGCGAUGGUUUGGGUUUGGUGAAGGAUGAAAAUCCGGACGACCCUAGCAUGGGGGCAAUCAAGUCGGAAUCCGGCGAAGAAGGUGAUGGCAACGAUCCGAACGGUGUCAAAAAAGAGGAAAUCGGCCCGGAUGGGAAACCGAUAAAAUCGGAAGCACCGGGAACACCGAAAGGUGACAAAGACCAACGUGCUAAAUGUGCAGAGUCAGACUUGGUGCGAGAUUUGCGUAACCAAAUUAAGAAGGCUCUGAAUGAUCAGAAAGAAAUGAAGCUGCUGCUGGACAUGUACAAAGGGGUUUCGAAAGAGCAGCGUGAUAAGGUUCAGCUGAUGGCUUCGGAGAAGAAAAAAUGCGCUGAAAUAGACGACUUGAAGAAUCAAAUGAAAAAGUUGCAGGAAAGCAAGCGCGAAGAUAGGAAAAAGCUUGCGGAUGAGGAAGCUCUCAGGAAAAUCAAGCAACUGGAGGAGCAGAAGUACGAAUUGCAGAAGCAAGUUCAGAAUCAAAAGCAACCCGACAGUGCGUGGAGCGGCGGCUACCGGCCGUUCGUAGGAUCCCAUGUAGAAGAGGAGGCGCUGUUGAACGAGAUGGAAGUGACCGGCCAGGCGUUCGAAGACAUGCAGGAGCAGAACUCCCGCUUGAUUCAGCAGCUGAGGGAAAAGGAUGAUGCCAAUUUCAAGCUGAUGUCCGAUCGGAUUAAGGCAAACCAGAUGCAUAAACUGCUGCGAGAGGAGAAACAGGUGCUGGAAGAUCAGGUAACAACCCGCGACAGCCAGAUCGAAGCGAUGCACGUGGUCCUGCGCAAGCUGGAGGAAAAGGAACGCAUCCUGCAGAACACGGUGACCACGAUCGAGAAGGAGCUGGUGGCCCGACAGCAGGCGAUGGAAAUGCACAAACGCAAAGCCAUCGAAUCGGCCCAGUCGGCCGCCGAUCUGAAGCUUCAUCUCGAGAAGUAUCACGCCCAAAUGAAGGAAGCCCAACAGGUGGUGGCGGAGAAGACAAGCUCGCUGGAAGCGGAAGCCUACAAAACGAAGCGACUGCAGGAGGAACUGGCCCAGUUCAAGCGUAAGGCCGAACGCAUGAAGAAGAUCGAGAUGUCCGGAACCACGAUCGACGAGGUGAUGUUGGAGGAAAUCCGUGAGUACAAGGAAACGCUGACAUGUCCGUCGUGCAAGGUCAAACGCAAGGACGCUGUGCUGUCCAAAUGUUUCCACGUGUUCUGCUACGAUUGUCUGCGGACCCGGUACGAAACGCGCCAGCGCAAGUGUCCCAAGUGCAAUUGUGCCUUCGGGGCCAACGACUAUCAUCGGCUGUAUUUGUCCACGUAAAACCACAACAAAAAAGCAGGUCAGAUGCAAAGCUUUUCGGCAUACUUAUUAUUUAUGGAUGCAUCUAGAGAUUUUAGGUCUUUGUUUAUGUUUCAAGUGCAUCAAGUUUUUCCACUUUGUGGUAGUUUCUCCACUAGUUUCAGUAGUGGAAAUAUGUUCAUUUUUUCACUGAAUUGGAUCAUUGAAGCGAGUAAUGGAAAUUAUCUACCUUUAUUAUUGACGAAGAGAAUAUUAUCUCUUUACUGUACCUUCAGUAUAUAAUUUUUUAGUUUUCCCAAUCAAAGUUCUGAAUUUUUCUUAAAAAAUUUGCGCAAAACUGGAAAAAAGCGUGCACUACGUUUUUGUAGUUAUGAAGGCGUUAUUAAGCUUAUUAUAUCAACCGUUUUUAGAGAUAUUGUACGAUGCUUUGCUGAAAGUCAUUUCGUGUAAGUGUUCUAAUCAUGUGAAAUCUUAAGCCACAAGGAAAAGUGUUACAUUCUAUAAUUUCGUUGAAUUUAAGUCCAUUUUCUCAGAGUGAUUCUCAGCAAUAUAACGUACAGUCGUGUAAGUGAUAGCCCAACUAAUUCAAACCUAGUGUAAUUUAGGAACCUUAUAAAAUUUCCUAAAUCAACAAAUGUAAUCAAAUUUGGUACAAUCUACUAAUUGAACCGGAAAAUGCAGCAUUUACACAAAAUUAUUGGAGUACUGAUAAAACUGUUUAAUUAUUUUUUAUGUAAAAGUCUAACAGCUGACUUUUCCGAAACAGAAAACACUCAAUAGAUAAAUAAAUCCAUAAAAUGAAACACUG